GCUGCAGCGGCGGUGGCGGCGGAAAAUGGCUGCGGCUGAGCCCGCGGACACUCAGCUGAUGCUCGGAGUUGGGCUGAUCGUGACCAUCUUUCCACCGUAGAAAAGGACACAAAUGGAGAAGUUCUGUGGGUGUGGUGUUACCCUUCCACGACAGCAACUUUAAGGAAUUUACUGCUGAGAAAAUGCUGCCUUACAGAUGAAAGCAAACUUCUCCAUCCCUUUGUCUUUGGCCAGUACAGAAGAACAUGGUUUUAUAUCACAACAGUCGAAGUUCCAGAUUCUUCAGUUUUGAUAAAGGUGACUCAUUUUUCUAUUGUUCUGACCGCCAAAGAUUUUAACCCAGAGAAAUAUGCCGCCUUCACUAGGAUAUUGUGUAGAAUGUACCUGAAACACGGGAGCCCAGUUAAAAUGAUGGAGAGUUACAUUGCAGUUCUCACAAAGGGGAUAUGCCAGAGUGAAGAAAAUGGCUCUUUCCUUAGCAAGGAUUUUGAUGCCCGAAAGGCUUAUCUUGCAGGCUCCAUCAAAGACAUUGUAUCUCAGUUUGGAAUGGAAACUGUUAUCUUACAUACAGCGCUGAUGCUAAAGAAAAGAAUUGUCGUCUAUCACCCCAAAAUAGAAGCUGUCCAGGAGUUCACCAGGACUCUGCCUGCCCUGGUGUGGCAUCGACAGGACUGGACCAUACUUCAUUCCUAUGUGCACCUGCAGGCGGAGGAGCUGGAGGCCCUGCAGAUGUGCCCAGGUUACAUCGCCGGGUUUGUGGACUUGGAGGUGAGCAGUAGAUCAGACCUCUAUGACGUGUUCGUGAACCUGGCGGAUAGCGAGAUCACCAUCGCUCCGCUCGCGAAAGAGGCUAUGACAAUGGGCAAACUGCACAAAGACAUUGGCCAGCUCAUUGUUCAGUCUGCAGAAGAUCCUGAGAAAUCAGACAGCCAAGUUAUACAGGAUAUUUCCCUAAAAACGAGAGAAAUCUUCACCAACCUGGAACCAUUUUCAGAAGUUUCUGGUGAUGGAGAAAAGCUAGUCCUCAACUUUGAGGCCCUAAAGCAAAGACGAUUUCCACCAGCAACAGAAAACUUCCUUUACCAUCUCGCAGCAGCGGAGCAGAUGCUGAAAAUCUGAUUGUGACGACGUAUCACGGAAGAAUGAUCACUCGCACCACGAUUAUCCACUAACUAUGUAAAAUACUGAAAAUAACAAAAUGUUCUAUUUUUAAUGGUUUAUUUGGAAGUAUUGCGAUUUGACCUGAAAGAGUCCUGAAACACGUAUGAAAACCCUUCCGAUUUUCUUCUGAUUGAUUUCCUGCCUGGGCUCAGUGUUGGACAAAGUGCUGUAACUACUUUGUAUAACGUUAGCAAUGGUGUGGCAUCCUGGAGGAAGAGAGAAAAAGCUCUGCCAAGUUCUUGUGCAAAUCACAGCAAACCCAAAAGCCUUCGUUAUGAUAAGUUCCAGUUGUCUCACUGCGUAGCCACCAACUAACAGUUUAUUUUCAGAAAGCUGCCGAAAUUUUGCUUCAUAUUCUUCUAGGAAGAACUUUUAUUCCUCAUGAGGAACUCUACUUUCUGAGCCAAACUAAGUUUUCUGCAGAACAGUCUAGAAGAUCAUUCAGAAAAGAUCCUGCAGUUGCACUUUCUUGUAAAAGAAUUUUUUUGUCUUGGCCUUUGAACAUUUUUGCCUAUAUUAUGAGGAUUUUGCAUAGAUUUUAUACUUGAGUAGACAACUUUAAUAAUCCAUAUUUAUACUGUCACAGAGGUAAGCAUUUGGCAAACUGAAGCCACUAGUACUCUUUAAUUAACCCUGUUGCUAGCAAUGUUCUUUUUUAAAAAGAUGCCAGUGAUUAUAUGGUAGAGUAAAUAAGAAGCCCAUUUUGGAUGUAAAGGUCUGUAUGAAUGAAACAGCAACUUCCCAUAAUUGCCAAGGCCAAGACCAGAGGGUGUCUUCAGACUUCAGGAAAAGUAAUUUGGCCACAUAAGAAGGUAACCGUUCUUGUUCAGGUUAUGUAUCUUUUUCAUAAUUGGAGACUUAAAAGUUGCAAAAUAA